CUUCACUGCUGAGUGAGCAAAGCAUGCCUCACUCUAUCAGCUGAGAGGAAAGCAAGAGAAAGAAAACAGAGAGAGAGAGGACAGUGAGAAAGUGUUGAAAAGAAUGGCAGAGGAAUAGGAAAGAGCGUGAGAAAAUACAGAAAAAAGAAUGAGACAAGCAGAAACUUCUUCAGAUACUUUACAGGAGUACAUAAACAGGAGAAAGAAGGAAAAAAGUGGGGGUGGCUUAAAACAGAAAAGGAGAAGGAGGGCACAGGCGAGGCAAAUGGGGGCUGGGAGUUGUUGAUAGGUUUUUGAUUUGUGCAUUUGUGUGUGUGAAAUGAGGGUGGAGAGAAGUAGACAGGAAGAAAACAGAGAGAAAACAGCAUUAUUGCAAGCUGUUGAACAAAACAAGACGAGGAAGGCAGAACUCUCUUUCACACUGCAAACUGUUCAGGACGGAGGAAACGAAGAAGAGACCAGUGAGUCAAGAGAGGGAGGGAGAAGGCAGCCUGAGCAGUAGAGGAGAACAGUGUCACCUACUCUGACCUGAAAUAAAGGGAGGAAGGAGACUAACCUCAUCUUUGUGACAGGGGACACUGGGUGGAAUGACCCAGCCAUGAUGCCACAGCCGUGUCCCACCUCACACCCAGGUAACCAAGGACGGUUCACCUGGCUGUCAGCCAAUCACAGAGGGAGUGGCAACAGAAUUACUGCCAACUUGGAUUCAGAGACCUUUCCUCUGAAGAGCCCUCUGGCGUACUGACACUGCGACACUUGUUGGUGUGAGUGCUUGUGCCAUUCACCUUUGAUCCUGUUUCCUGAUUAUCUGCUCUGUGAUGUUGGCAUAAAUUCAUGCCAGCUUCCAGAAACAUGGAUGAAUUCCUCAAAUCGCUCAUUUAGACACAUCGUUCUGAUGUUGUGCAAGAGACGACCCAUCAAAACAGUUGCACAAAGGUUGUGUAUGGCUCAUCGUCUUGUUCACACACUUUGAUGUCCUCCUAGUCAUACCUGUAGGCCAUCGCCUUUCCUGUGGGACAUCUGGGUCUGCCUCCUGGUAUUUGUGAGGAUCUAUUUGAUCUUGUUGUUGAGUCAAGACUCACAGUAGCAGUACUAUGCGGCACAUUCACGUAGAGUUGGCCCAGAAAAAGGCUCAACUAGAGCUUCCAGCACAGGAGGGGGACCUGCCUCCAUCUGCAUCCCCAAUGGUGGGACUAGAUCCUGGCGUAAGAGCCGAGGGACCCAGGCGCUUUGACCAAGAAGAGUUGCGACUCCAAAAGGUUUACCAGCUCUCUAUUUUCUCUCAGAUGGGAGGAUUUUCAGCCUCCACUGGAUCACAUGCUGAUGGUCAACAAAGACCGUGUCGAGCGGGUUAUAAAAGAGUGUUAGAAGAGCCUCAGCUGACUCAUAAGCGCUCCCACCUGGAGGACACAUCAGACAAUGAGAUGAUUGAGGGGGGAGUGUUAUGCGGGUCCACCCCAGCUCAAGCUAAUGGGAAUGGAUCUAUAACUGGGCCUGGCGGGCCUGUUUCCCCAUACUCUUGCAUGCAUUUGGAGCAUAGAGACUCUGAAGGUGGAUUGUCACCGAGGUCACCACCGCUCUCCCCAAGCCAAACUCCCUCCCGGCGACCGGCUCAGCACAAUCAUGAUAGACCCAUCCCUGAUGCAUUUGCGCCACUAUCCCCCAAGUCGCCCCCAAUGUGCGACCCACAUGGGCAUAUCUGUGACCAGGGACACUCCAACGGAAGCUUAGCAAGGACAGAAACUGCUAAUGGCAUCCGCACAUCAACCCAUUUGUUAGGUAGCCCUGGACAUGAUGGUUGUAGUAAUGGCUCAUCUGGAGGACAGCUUAGCCCCCUCUUAUAUGAGCUAUCCACAUAUGAAACUCCUAAUCCUGCCAGCCCAACAAGCCCUCCUGGCCCUUUCUCCCCUCCACACCACACAGAAAUGCAGGAACCAGGGGAAGCUACUGAAUGGGACAUUGGCCUUGAAUCCUCUCCACCUGAGAGAAGUGCCACCCAACAGGCCACUUCAUCAAAUGGUCUGGCGACCUGGGAGAAAACUCCUAGCAGUAAUGGUCACCGUCUAUUCUCUGGAGGCCACUGGCCGGCCAAAAAGAGACUGCUUUCCCCAAGUGAUACAGCAGACUCGUGCUCUGAAGAUGAAGGGCCCUCUACAUCUAAAAGAAGCAGACUGCCUUUGCUAACUUCUGGAGUAACUUCAUGUCGUAGCACUGAUGCUAAAGCUGCUCCAUACUGGAACCACCUGCUGCCCUCUACACGAGACCAUCCUAAGACUACCAUAGGCUGCACCAGAUCAGGGAGACGACUAAAGACUGAGUUGCGUUUGAAAAGCCGGCAGCUGCGCAGCGGCAGGCAGACUGACACCGGCCGGGCCACACGUUGGUCCUCGUCUUCCAUCAGUAGAUCGCUGCUGGGCAACUUUGAGGAGUCCAUAUUGAAGGACAGGUUCUCCCCUUCUGGGCAGAUUGAAGGAUUCACAGCAGAGAUCGGAGCCAGCGGCUCCUACUGCCCGCAGCAUGUCACGCUGCCUGUGCAGGUUACGUACUACGACAUCUCGGAGCACAGUGCUCCCUCACCCUUCCUGGGUGUGAUAUCACUCGAGCCUCUUGGAAAGAAAGGAUACAACAUACCUAAAGCAGGGACCAUUCAAGUGACCUUAUUUAAUCCCAAUAAAACUGUGGUGAAGAUGUUCCUGGUGACAUACAACUUUGGAGACAUGCCAGUCAAUCACAUGACCUUCCUGCGUCACCGUAUCUUCCUGGUGCCAGUGGAGGAAGGCACAGAGGGGAAAGAUGAGGUGUCUCCAGGUGGCGGAGCGCUCGACAGGAAGAGAAUUCUUUGCUACUUGAUACAUCUCAGAUUCCAGAGCUCCAAAUCUGGAAAAAUUUACUUGCACAAUGAUAUCAGGCUGCUAUUUUCCCGUAAAUCCAUUGAAGUGGAUACAGGAAUCCCGUAUGAGCUGAAAUCUUUCACCGAGGUGCCAAGAAACCCCAAAUACUCUCCCCGUAUGUGACCCCUGUCCUGACAUUUUGAGGCUUCCCUGAAGCCUUCCUUAAAAAUGACUGACUGCAAGAAUGAUGGACACAAAACUUGAUGAGGUCUGGAUUAAAUGCACCGCAGGCACACUGGCACACAGUGUUACUCUUUUGAAAAAUCACCCAUUUUUUUAUUUUUUAUUUUUCACUGUAGAUUGAGAGACAGUUUGAAAGUCUCACCCAAAUCGACAUGGCAGUUCUCCAUGUAGUCUGGUCACUUGAAAAUGUUUAAAAUAUUUGAGUUCAGCAUAGGGACUGAUGAGCAAAGCAUACAAACAAAAGCAGGAUUUUUUUCAAUGCCUUCGUCUGUUGAACAGAAAUGCACAGAUUCUGAGACACACACCAAAACAGACUGAUGCAUAUCACAGACUACACACUUUUGGUGGCAACUCUCUGAGUUAAGUGUUAACAUGCAUGCCUUGUGACUUAAAAACCUGAAUUUUCCUUUAGUGCUGUUUCACUCUGUCCUUCACUCUGCCUGCAACGUCGGCUGCCUCAUCGGACCAGCAAUCGUAGCUCUGCAACUUUAGAUUGGAAUAAAAUUUUAAAUUUUAAUGAUUAACACGUGUGUAUCUGUUUGAUUUGAAGCACUUUUACACCUCUUUGAUGAGGUCAGAUGGUAGAGAGACGAACACUACUAAAGGCAUGAGCUCUAAUCGAAAUGGCUCACUUUGAUCAAGGCUUAAAUUGAUUAAAAAAACAUUAGCUUAAUUUGUUCAAACUCAGGAUUUCUUUUGGGAAAAAAAACACAUUCUGCUGUUUAACCUGUCAAGGUACAGACACUGUGUACUCACUGUCAUUUAAAAAAGUGGAAUCAAUUUCUCAUGUAGCCAGACUGAGGGACAUUGUGUUGUUUUCUUUUACUUUCUAGAUUGUGUUGAGAACAUCUGGAUGUUAGCGCAGAUAAUGUGGGGAAGUGGUCUUGGGAUGUUUUGAUAACUGGAUCUUUUCAUCAGAACUCGGUGAAUGAAAAAACAAACAAAAAGCUGAAAUUGUGACUUCUGGGCAAAGAUGUUAUGCCUUCAUAUUUCAAAUGGGAAAAGGAAAUCAAAUCCAAAUUAAAAUUUGCUCUCUUCCACAAAAGAAGAAAUAAGUACUAGUAUUUCAAUUUAAAAUGCUGUAUUUUUAAACUAAUCAAAUUCUUUCAAUUUUUCAUUUCUGAUUUCUGAAGAAAAACAUGUUACAUGAACAUUCUCAAACUGAAAAAAAAAACAAGCUGUAGUAUUUAUAAUUUAUGUUUUCAAAUAUGUCUUAACGAGCAAUAUGCUGCACAAAGUAGAGCGUGUUUCUCAGCCUGGCGAAGCUUUUUGUUGGAGGGGUAAAAGAUGACAAAGAAUUGAGAGAGCAGGAGAAGGAAGGGAGAGUGAGGAUGAAGAGCGGGGUAUGUAACAUGGAGGGGAAAGUCUAUGUAUAUUUAAAAUAAUAAACUCUGAGACUGGUGUGUAAAACCCA